AUGCCUCUAGUCUAUGACGAGGAGGGCCCAAGCCACUUGAGAGGCCGUGACAACUCGGAAAAAAGGAGGACAAGUCAUCAAGCCUUCACGGAAAAAGAGAGAAAAGAAGGAAAGAAAAAAGGAAAAACAGGGCGCCCUCACGGCGAACUCCCACCUCCUAUCCCCCCUCCUCUCUUUUCUCUCUCUAGCCCCGCACAAAUCUCUCCUCCCCCUCUCGCCCUCGCCGCAUUGCCCGCCGACGACCCCCGCCGGAUAGAGAGGAGGAGGAGCGGCGCGGCUGCGGGAGGAGCGGGCGGCGGCGGAGCCAGCGGCAUGUGCGACCUGGUGGCCCGCACGGGCCGGCACCAGCAGCGGUACGAGGAUGGCCGUCGGCUAGUGGCCGGAUGCAUACCAUUUAGGUAUAGAGCUAAUAAUGAUGAAACCUCUGGUGACAAAACUAAGAAACUUGUGGAAGUUCUCAUGAUAAAUUCCCAAAGCGGACCUGGUCUUUUGUUUCCAAAGGGAGGAUGGGAGAACGAUGAAACUGUUGAAGAGGCAGCAGCUCGAGAAGCUAUAGAAGAAGCUGGAGUUCGAGGUGAUAUAGUGCAUUUUCUGGGGCUCUAUGACUUCAAAAGCAAGACACAUCAAGAUGUGUGCUGCCCUGAGGGUAUGUGCAGAGCUGCAGUGUUUGCGCUGCAUGUAAAGGAAGAGCUGGUCUCAUGGCCUGAGCAGAGCACCCGGCAGAGGACCUGGCUCACGGUUCCUGAUGCUGCAUCAAGGUGCCGGUACCAGUGGAUGCAAGAGGCCUUGCUCACAGGCUUCUCCGACUGGCACGACAAGUGGAGCAGAGGCGGCGGCGGCACUAACUGUGAUCCGGCCUAA